UUAUCAAGCAAACCAAAAUUCCCAACUAAAAUUUUGUUUUUGAUUUUCCCCCUAAUAUUUAAUAAUUACUUGCUCUUUAGAUUAAAUAUAAUAGUUAAUAGGGUGGCAUAUAUUGAAGAGAGAGCUUAGAUUAAAGAUAGAGGGUCAAAGCAUGCUCCCUUCUCAUCACCUUCCGGGGAAUUUCCUUGCGCUUCACAAUAACACACUUCCAUAUCAAAUUUCUUCACAACAUCACCCUGUUAAUUGGCUUACAAGGAACAAUUUCAUCAUCCUCGCCCCUCUUCGAUCCAAAGGCUAGAAUUCCAUUGACUUUUCACCUCAUCAUUCCUCCAAUUGCAGAUCAAUAUGGGGCUUGAGUUCUAAAGAGGUUUCCAGUGGGUGGAGACAAUCUUUGUUGCAGGCUCAAACUCUGGAGUUGCCCAAGGCAAUGAAGCAUCCACAAAAGCAGCAGCAAUCUGAGCAGCUCAAGUGUCCCAGAUGUGAUUCAACCAACACCAAGUUUUGUUAUUACAACAACUAUAACAAGUCUCAGCCUAGGCAUUUCUGCAAGGCUUGUAAAAGACACUGGACUAAAGGUGGCACUCUCCGCAAUGUUCCUGUUGGCCGUGGCAGUAAAAACAAGCGCCUCAAGAAAUCGAAUUCUAUCACUGCUUCAGCUGCCACAACUACCAAAACAAGUAUUGCCUUCAAUACCUCAACUGCUUCAGGUGUUGACAAUAACUUCAUGGCAUUUCAACUAUCACAGCAACAAAGGCAGGAUCUUCAGCUUCCACUUGCUGACCAAAAGAACAUAUCCACUAUGCAAUUUCCGGCGAUGGGUCAUCUAGUUCCACCAUCUUCGUCGUUGCUGCAGAAUCCUCUCAAUUGCAACAACUUGGACAGCAAAAGUUUCAGUACAAGCAAUGGUGUGAUUCUGGGUUCGGCUUCAACAGCCCCGUCGCUGCCUCAAACUCACGGCUUACAAUUCCCGUUUUCAAGUUCAAACUCAAGUUCUUUUGAAACGGUGUCAACAUCAUUUCAUUCUUCAAGUAUCUACAACUACACUGGUGAAACGAUGGAGGAUCCAACCAUCACCAGCUUCAUCAUGCCAACCCCAAGUGCCACUAUUUCACACACGUGGCAAAUACCUAUCACGAGCAGUGACAUGGACAUAGCAAACUACUGGAAUUGGGACGAUAUCGAUGCACUUGUCUCUACUGAUCUCAACAUGCCAUGGGAUGAUUCCGAUAUCAAACCAUGAAGGAGGAGUUUUAAACAUAUAUCCAUUCUCUAUAGUUUUUUCUUCUUCUUGAUUUGGGUUUUCUUGUUCGAUGAAAGGACGUUCUUUUUUAUUA